AUGGGUUCCAAUAAGCGAGCCAAGUUCGACUCCCUUAUCUCACUCAGUAGACUCCGAUCGAUUCAAGUGUUGACGGUAUUGCUGUUUCUGUAUUUGAUUUUCAUCACUUGUGAAAUUCCGAUGGUUUUGAAAGCUGGGUUGGGGUUGGAAUCCAGUGACGUGAGCCCCAGCUUGCCCCUCAUCUCCCACCCUAUGUUCGGAGCCCAAAAUGACAACCAGUUGUCCAGAAAGGAGAAGGAGAGACCGGUUUUUCGGGCCCAGGAGCGGAAAAUGGGGGAAUUCAAGAAGAUUUCGGGCCUCGUUUUCGACGAGGAUGCGUUUAAGAGCAUAGGCGAAGAUGAAUUUUCGGAGCUGCAUAAGAUAGUUGGGGAUGCAUUCGCAUUGGGCAAGAAAGUGUUGGGUGAUUUAGAGUCGGGUAAAAUGAUGCCAAGUGAAGCGGAAAAUCGGACGGCGAAGAAGGUGGACGAGCCCUGCCCGCAUUCGCUGUUGUUGACCGGUCAUGAAUUCGUGAAAAAGGGGAAGAUGAUGGUGAUACCAUGUGGGCUUUCAUUGGGGUCUCACAUCACUGUGGUUGGGCGGCCGAGGUGGGCCCACAUUGAUAGAUUGUCCAAGAUAGCCUUGGGGAAGGAGGGCGAGAGAAUGAUGGUUUCACAGUUUAUGAUGGAGUUGCAGGGCCUGCGGGCCGUGGAUGGGGAGGACCCUCCCAGGAUACUGCAUUUUAAUCCCAGGUUGAAGGGGGAUUGGAGUGGAAAGCCCGUGAUUGAGCAGAAUACGUGUUAUAGGAUGCAGUGGGGGUCUGCCCAGCGGUGUGAGGGGUGGAAAUCAAGGGCUGACGAGGAAACUGUUGAUGGACAGGUGAAAUGUGAGAAAUGGAUACGUGAUGAUGAUGACGGGUCUGAGGAAUCGAAAGCUGUUUGGUGGUUGAAAAGGCUGAUUGGCAGGACAAAGAAAGUUACUGUUGAUUGGCCCUUUCCUUUUGCAGAGAACAAGUUGUUUGUGCUUACACUUAUUGCUGGAUUGGAAGGCUAUCACAUCAAUGUAGAUGGGAGGCAUAUUUCAUCCUUUCCUUAUCGUCCUGGUUUUACCCUUGAGGAUGCCACGGGGCUGUUCAUCAAUGGCGACGUUGACAUUCACUCUAUAGUUGCUGCUUCUUUGCCUGCUUCUCAUCCAAGCACCGCUCCACAGAAGCAUCUAGAACUUUCUCCAAAGUGGAAAGCUCCCAAUCUUCCAACUGAGCCGGUUGAGCUAUUUAUUGGCAUCCUCUCUGCUGGAAAUCAUUUCGCGGAGCGCAUGGCGGUCAGAAAAUCGUGGAUGCAGUAUAAAACGGUACAGUGGGCAAAUGUUGUGGCUCGUUUUUUUGUGGCCAUGCAUGCCAGAAAGGAAAUGAAUAUUGAGCUGAUGAAAGAGGCGGAGUAUUUUGGCGAUAUUGUUAUAGUUCCUUAUAUGGAUAAUUACGAUCUUGUUGUUCUGAAGACUAUUGCUAUUUGCGAGUAUGGGGUUCGCACGAUGGCGGCUAAAUAUGUUAUGAAAUGCGAUGAUGAUACGUUUGUGAGGAUAGAUGCUGUGAUGGUGGAAGUGAACAAGAUUCAAAUUGGCACAAGUUUCUAUAUAGGGAAUAUCAAUUACUACCACAAGCCCUUAAGGCAUGGUAAAUGGGCAGUGACGUACGUGGAAUGGCCAGAGGAGGACUAUCCGCCCUAUGCAAAUGGACCUGGCUAUAUCGUGACAGCUGACAUUGCACAAUAUGUUGUAUCCGAAUUUGAGAAACACAAGCUGAGACUAUUCAAAAUGGAAGAUGUGAGCAUGGGAAUGUGGGUGGAAAAGUUCAACAGGUCAACGACAGUGAAGUAUGUGCACAGCUUGAAGUUCUGCCAAUUUGGAUGCAUCGAGGGUUAUAUGACGGCACAUUACCAGUCUCCCAGACAGAUGACCUGUCUAUGGGCAAAAUUGGAACUUCAUGGUAAACCUCAAUGCUGCAAUAUGAGAUGA